CUCACAUUUCACCCACCCUUCUUCCUUGGUUGUAGUUCCACUUUAUGAGCACUCUAUACUGGCGUGACGUCCGACGUGCUUUCCGGGCCUUUUUACGACUCAGCUGGCUGGUUUGAUGUAUGCUAUCGUGUACUAGUGUUCUGAGUCUGCGUGUGUUGGCGGCGGAUUAGCGACAUCGCCUCCGAAAACGGAUUAAGUCGGAUGCCCUUCAGUGUUUCUUUAGCGGUCAUAGAUAGCGUUUCUUUACCAGUGUCGUGAGAGCGUCUGUUUACCAGAAUCGUAAAACGCGUUCAUAAGAAUUUUAAUCGCGAGCUCGUCUUUAGUCUGUACUUGUUCCUCUUCAUCCCAUUAAAGCUCCUCAAAGAGAAAUAGACGAUUUCCUCGAGAAGCUUGUAGCGCGCACACGUUGCGGCGCAAUGCUACGGAGUCCAGGGCUACCGGAAUCGCACAGUCGCGAUGGCGGAAGUAUCGUCCGCGCAGCAGUCUCCCGCUGGUCGCACAUCGUCGCCAGCCCCGGUGACUGGCAGAAGCUUCGCGGAAAGAAGGACUUCACAGACUCCGUGCGAUUCGGGUGUUUCGUGUCCUUAGCGCUCGCCUCGGCAGUUAUAGUCGCCCUAGCGGCGGUGCUGGUAGUCUCGCCGCAAUCCCCGCAAAAGCUGCUGCUUAAAUCCGCGUUUUCCGCGUCGUCCUCGCUGCCAAUUCUGCAAGCGACAAAUGCGGCGGCUGAUGCGGCGACGGAUGGGAGAGCGGAGGGGACUCGGACGGAACAGAGCAGCAAUCCAGAGACGAACAACGAUGAAGUUGUCGCUAUGGCAGAGGGCGACCUUCCCGCGCGGCUACAGUCUCUCUGUCUCGCCCCCGCGGUGGCGGCAACGCUGUGGCGCCGCCAGCAGCAGCGGACGGGGGAGGGGUGGGCGCAACCCGCGGGUACGCGCCUGGGACUCCGCGCAGGGGCGGGAGGAGGGGAAGGGGAGGCCAGGCGCAUGACCAUAGUGUGGGCGCAACAAGUAGCGGACGGGGGAGCGGAAAGGGGAAAUGCGGAUGCGGCAUUCCGCGAAUUGUUUGAAGGUCCACCCUCGCGAAGCCGAAUGGACCUUCCCCGCGGAUUGGCGGAGUCUUGGCCGGACAUGCGGGUGGAGGAGGGGGGAAGCGGCGGAGACGGGGAGAGCGGAGUGGGGGAAGGGCUCGAGAAGAUCAUGGUGGACGUGCCCCAUUGCUCGGAAGACGCAGCCAACGAAAGCGCGACACCUGGCACGGGCUUCGUGCAUCCAGGCUGGAAGGUGUCUCUGCAAGUGCCACGUCAUCUGAAAACGCUUAUUCACCAGAAUUGGACUCCCCCCGAGGCCUGCUCCGCCCUCCGCCUCUUCCAGUCAUGUUUGGGUGCUCUCCAGCCCUCGCCACGUGUCAGCAGAUUACUGGAAGGAGAACUAGAAGAUGGGCAGGAUGGUCAGGAGGGAAUGGCAGGGUCGAAAUUUUCCAGGCUUAAAUCGAGUACAGCAGUGUACCUUGAGGCGAAUCAGGCGAUGCCAUCUGGCACGUGUGGAGGGUGCCCCGAGGACCCUCUGCUGAACUGCACCCUUCGCACGAUGACGUGGCGCUACCUGCGAGUGCCUUCCAACUCUGCUGACGUGGACUUCACUGUAGCAGCCGCCUCUGCUACAGACGCUGCUACAGUCGCUGGCACCUUCCACCCCCUGCGCGCCCCCCUCCUCCUCCCCCACACCAUCAAGCGCAUCAGCAUUGGCUGCCCUGCUACUCCCUCCCUCCCCUCCUCCCCCUCUCCCUCUGCUCCCCCUCUCAUGGCCUCCUCCUCCCCCUCUGGCUCUUUGCUUGAAAGCAGCAGUGAGGCAGGAUCUUCUGAGGGCGAGCAACAAGGACCUGAGGGGGAGCAACAAGUACCCGAGGGGGAGGCACAGGAGCCUGGCAGCAGCAGGGAGGAGCAGAGCGAGAGCGAGGGAGUGGGGAAUCCGGCGAAAGGGACGCGAAGACGAUGGGUGCUGGAGGAAGGAGGGGAUAUGGAGGGAGGGGGGGAGGAGGAGAGUGGGAGUGAGGGAGAGAGUGGGGAUGAGGCAGAGGUGCAAGGGGAGGGGGAGGAGAGGGGGGAGGAGGAGAAGGGGGAGGGGGAGGAUGCAUCGGGAGGAGAUCUGGAAGAAGGCAGUGGAGGCAGAGGGGUAGAGAGUGAAGGUGAGGAUUCUAACGCCGCUGACAGCAGUAGCAGCGGCAGCAGAAGAGGUAGCAGCGGUACCACAGCCAGCAGUGCAACCACCAUUGCUACCAGCAGCAGCAGCAGCAGCAGCACUGCACCGGACCUAACGCUGUGCCAUCAGCUGCAGCUGGCGGAGCUUCUCCUGCUGUCGUCGGCUCGAGGGCUCAUCCACACGCGGCCCUCCGUGGAGGCACUGUUCAUCCACGCACAAGCCAGGGCGCGGACCAAUCAGAACGCAGGAGCUGCUGCUGGUGGUGGUGCUACAGCUACGGAUGCUGCUGCUCCUGCUACAGCCAAGGGUGACAACGAUGAUGGCGGAUCCUUUGUGGUCACUGCUGCGCCCACCACCUCCCCCUCCUCUGCAUCCUCGUUUGUGGUGGGUCCGUCGGUGUGUGAGGCGCCUGAGCAGGCGCCGUUCAAGAACAUGUGGUUCCUGCGGCAGUACCUCGUGGAUGAGGAGCUCAAGACCAUCUACUGCUUUGUCCCCAAGGCCGCCUGCACGAGCUGGAAGGUGUGGUUCCGCCAGCAGCAUAACCUGCCCAACAUCUCCGACGUUUAUCUCGCACACGACCCCAAGCAUUCAGGUCUCCACGUCCUCGCGUCUGGAUACACCGAAUCCCGCGUCAUGGCGCUGCUUACCCGCCCGGACUUCUUCAAGUUCACCUUUGUCCGCCACCCGUUUGCGCGCCUCGCCUCGGCUUAUCUGAACAAGCAUGUGAACGGGGGGCCGCCGCAGGGGCGGGCGUUUUGGAACAAGCGGUUUUUCCACGGCACGAGGCCGUUCCAGUGGCUGGUGGAGCACCAGAACGGUUCGGACCUGCUGCAGUUUGCCGACUUUGUGGGGCUGCUGAGAACCAUGUUCAAGAGGCGGCGACGCACCAUGGACCCCCAUGUUGCUCCUCAGGUGGACGUCUGUCGACUGAAUGACAUUCGCUUUGACUUUGUGGGCCAUUUUGAAAACCUGGCAGAGGACGUUCCGGUGGUGAUGCAGCGGCUGAAUCGCACCAUCACGUCUGAAGCCUUCUCCAUCGGGAAAUCAGCCCACCCCACCAAUGCUCGCGACAAAUUCCUCGAUCUAUUCGAUCAGAGAGCUUAUGAUGAGGCGGUUGAGUUUCUCUCUAUAGACAUGACUGUGCCGCUCAACAACAUCUCGUUUUCACCUCCCCCAAGAUUACUAGAGCUCUUUGGGGAAGUAAAUAAGGCUCGCACCAGUCGCAAUAAAGGGCAUAGUAGAUAGGGCAAAAGAAACACAAGCUUGACUCGAGUUUGUUUGCCAUUUUAGUGAUGUUGCGGUAUGUAUUAGGCUUUUAGGGGCUGGAAUAUCUAUUCACAGGUCGCUUAUGGCUCCUACGUUGUUAUGUUUGAUUAAAGAGUAGUGUC